AUGGAUUUGCUUUCUUCUUCCUUCUACGUAAGACUUUUUCUGGCCGUUUUCCAUAGCUUACAAAACAAAAUGUCAAUGCUCUAUGUCUUAGCAAAAGAUAUUUCUCCUCAAUCCUAUAAGAAAGCAAUUAGAUUGAGGUUGAUUCGUACUUACACUGUGACUGAAGGUAGGAACAAAUCUGCUGUGAAGAGUCAAGAAUGUGUUUUUCAUGACAUUGAGGGUACCUAUGUUCAUGCAAGUAUACAUGCUGAUUUUAUAGACCAAUUUUCCCAUCUGCUAAAAGAAGGUAAAGUUUAUGCGGUAAAAAACUUUGUGGUCGUGUCUUAUUACUACCAGUAUAAAACUACACAGCAUAAAUACAUGAUGAGGUUUAAUCAAUACACAACUAUUGAGAGACAUAGGAGAAAAGGUUUUCCAAGCCUUUUGUUUCGGAUUAAACCUAUUGAGGAGUUAUUGGCUGGAAAGGUUGAAGAGAAGCUGUUGAUUGAUGUUAUUGGCAGAGUAGUUGAGUUCUAUUCUCCUAAGGAUAAGGUUAUUGCUGGUUUCCCCACACAGUUGGUUGAUUUUUUGAUUGAAGACUCAAAGGGAAAUAUAAUCAAAUGUAUAUUAUGUGAUGAACAUGUACCUGCUGUUAUGCCAUUUUUCAAUAACCAUGUUGAUGGCCAUUUGAUUGUUUUGCUCCAACUGUGUCGUGCGAAAACAGUUGACAGUGAGGUCAGGAUUUCAAGCUCAUACACUGCUACAAAAGUUUUAUUCAAUUUGGACUGCCAAGAGUUUGCAGAUUUCAGAAAUAGUUUGAAGGCUAAUUGUAGCCCACUCAGAAGUAUUUCUGUGGUGUCUUAUGGUCACAGUGCUAAUAAUUCACAAUCUCCUAUGGUUGUCAGCAUAAUACGAGAUUUGUAUGAAAGGGCUGAGGAAGGCUAUUAUUAUGUCCCAGGUACCAUUGUAUCAAUUGAGAGUGGAAAGAAAUGGUUCUAUAACUCAUGUAGAAAACCAGGGUGCUUUAAAUCACUUACUCUUACAGAGACUUACUACUUUUGUGACACCUGCAAGACUAAUUGGGCAGAAGGGAAUGUGAGAUACAAAGUAAUUGUUAGGGUUCUAGACAAAACAAGUGAUGCACCUUUUGUAUUGUGGGAUAAAGACUGUUUUGAGCUUCUGGGCAUUACUGCGUAUGAUUUGAAAACCAAGUACUCUAUGGCUAAGAUGCAGGUUCCAAUUGAGUUUGAACAGUUGAGGAACAAAUCUAUGGUGUUUAGAAUCAAUCUCAAGAAUGAAAACAUUAGGAAUCCAGCUAAGCCUAUAUCAGUGUUAAGUGUUAGUCAUAAUGAGGAAUUGGAAGCUCAAUACUGUCCAUCUCUGUUGGAUGAUCAAGAUGAAUUAUCUAGGAUGAUAGAGGAAGAUGCAGAUGAUCUGGAAUCUGAUGCUGAAUGGUUUUUGAACAAUGACCUUUUGAGACUUUAUGCAGUGCUUAGUCAUGAAGAGUCAAGGUCAAGACAGUAUGACAUGCAGCUUUUUAUUUUUGUUUCUCUUGAACAUUUAUCUAUUUAA